GUAGUCGUCGUCAUGAAGUUGGUGCGUUUCCUGAUGAAACUUGCUCACGAGAGUGUUACCAUUGAGCUGAAGAAUGGCACACAAGUCAAUGGUACCAUUACUGGCGUGGACGUGGCAAUGAACACACAUUUGCGAACGGUUCGAAUGACGCCAAAAAAUCGCGAAGCCGUUUCACUUGAUUCGCUCUCCAUACGAGGGAACAACAUUCGGUACAUAAUUUUGCCGGACACAAUUCCGCUGGACACUCUAUUAGUUGAUGAUGAGCCGCGCAAAAAGGCACCACGUGGAGGACGUGGCCGAGCUGUUCCGUCUCGUGGUGGACGUGGCCGUGGUCGUGGAAGAGAGUUGAAGCUGCUUCUCCAAGAGGCCACCUUCUUUUCGCGCAUCGCUGUGUAG